UCUCGCUCACGUUGCUGCUGCACACACUACAGUCAGAAAACUAGUUGUAUUGCUACAUAAUCAUCCGUCUUUGCUGUCAUGGAGCCAGUGAGGAACAAGCACCGCUCCCUGUCAUUAAUAGGCAGUGUCUUUGUGCUGUGCGUUCAGCUGCGGUCCGGUCUGACGGGAGACUGCCCUGCAGAUGGACGCACCUGGGUGCCCUUUGGAGACGGAUGUUACCACUUUGUCCACGGAGAAGAAGACAAAAUCAAAAGCUACACUUUUGAGAGAGCAAAAACCCUCUGCCAAGGAUUUGAGCUUUUGACCAUCCAGAGCGCUGAGGAGAAUGACUUUGUCCUCAAAUAUAGUCCAUGGGUGUGGAAAAACAAUGUCAACAUUUGGCUGGGACUGUAUUAUGACACAAACAGUGACAACAUGAAGUGGUUCGGUGAGAAACCAGUAGGAUUCAGUAACUGGGAGAACAGCUCUUCUCAGUCGGACCUCGUGCCCUUGGAUACAUGUGUGGCUCUGCACACUAACACAGGAAAGUGGGAAAAUGUCAGCUGCCUGGAUCAGACUGAGAAUGGAGUGGUCUGUGAGACAGAUCAGAAGGCAGAGGAAGUCAAGCCGAAAUCGAGCGCGCUGAUGUCCGGCCUGGUCAUUUUCAGCGUGGUGGCUAUCAUGGGAGUCUCAGUAGUUAUUUGGUUCCUGCAUCAGAAGAACAAUCCUGGCUCCACCAUCCUCACAGCAUUUGAGUACCACCCUCCGUUCCGAGUUCUGGACACAGACCGGUCCUGCCUGGUGGAGGCUGAGGAGACUGACAGUGUGCCAUAGGAGAAUUCCGUCUCUCUUCCAGGAAGCACCAGGCCCUCCUCACUUGAUUUGUGCAACAGCGACUGUCGCAGCCUGGUCUCCAUGUCAUGUGCAACAUCAUUAUUAUCAGGCACUACACAUUUCUACAAUUACUUUUGGGAUAAUUAUUUCUCUCUUGCAUAUUGAAAAUAACUUGCUGUCUCUCAUUGAAAGAUGAAGGGAUUAAAUCAAGAGCAUAGCUUUUAUAAAUGUUUAAUGAUUUAGUGUUGCAUUGCCACAAACCUGGGGACUAACAAGAGGGACAUUGAAAUAAACAUGUUCAAUUGAUGCAGCAAAGACUAAGACACCCUGAUGUUUAGUCCCUAGUAUGUAUCAAGCUCCAAGAAUCCUUUGUUCUACAUUUCACAUAAUGCAACCAAUCACAUGUUUCCGUUAGACCCUGACUGCCUGGUAAUGUUCAUGUCUUUCAAACCAGCGUAGUGUCUCCUUUUUAAGCAGUAUUCAGAGAAACGGGAAUGCCAAAUGACAGGCUAUUAAGGGCACAUCCAUGUAAAUAGCUUGAUCUCAACAUAAACCCAGCUAUAGUUUGAGCAGUUGCCUUGUUAUCCAUGAAUGUGAAUGCUGCCAGUGAUAUAGAUUUGCACAAUGCGUAAAGCAGAUUAUUUUCCAGGUAAAAUAUAAUUUUGCUUAUUUCCUUGCACUCUGUCCUGGGCUUCUGUUCCUAUAUUGUGCCUAACCACAAUAUAUCCAGUAAAGCCAAGUUUUGUAAAAAUUCUUUAGACUUUUCAUGAAAAUAAUCUACGUUCACAGUUCUUCUGUCCUCUAUUUACACUUUACUUAAUGAAAAGAUAAGCAUUUUCUGUGUUCCCUUGCUGCCCCAUUAAAUCCAAUCUUGAUUGCUUUCUUUAGCGGUGUUAGAAAUAAUAAAUCCUUCUGUGACAUUAAAGACAAUCAAUAUUUGGCUAUGUGAUGGGUAUACUACAAUGAAGUCAAGAUACUUUCUUGUGUAAAAUACCCCUCUUUAUACUGUUGGACACUUUUAAUAGCAUGAAUGCUUUUGUGCAAUAUUUGAGAUUAACUGUGCAGGAUCCGAGCCCCUGUGUGUUUUUAAUAAUAUAAUAAAGUUUGAUCAUAAGAA